AUGAUAGAAAAGAAAAAUAAAAUAGAAAGGAAAGAUCCAAAGACAAGACUUACAUUCGCUUAUUCUUUUGAAGACAGUAUGUCGCAAGAGUUAACUGAAAGCAAUGAACAUGAUGGUUUUUAUGACGAAGAGCGUAAUAAACAAAGAUGUAGAAGAAGAGAGAGAGAGGAAGAAACAAGAAAUGCUGAAGAGGAAGAUGAAGAUACAGAGAGAGGGGAGGAAACGGAAAAUACUGAGGAGGAGGAAAGUGGUGACACAGGCGACGAUGAGAGUGAUGUAUACUCUGCAAGUGAAGUUGUAUCGGAUAUAGAUAAUGAUGUUUUAGAGGAAGAGGGAGAUGCACAGGAUAAUAGUGUCAAUGAAUGGGGUGCUAUCACAGAUUUGACCCCUGAGUUGGAAGCGUGUACUUUAAAUGAAAGCACUUUAAAUAUUCCCAUAGAAGAUAUAUCUACGGCAGAUGAAUCAAUGAUACCAUGGCGUGGCAGGUUGAAAUUAAAACAAUACAUUAAAAACAAAUCACACAAGUAUGGUGUUAAAAUUUACAAGUUAUGUACUCCAGAAGGGUAUACAUAUAAUUCAAUAAUUUAUUCUGGGAAGGGAGAAAAUGGCCGUGAACAAAAUCAUGGUAAAGUCACCGUACUGAAACUCAUUCAAGGGCUGGAGAACAAAUGUCGUAUAGUAAUUGCAGACAAUUUCUACUCUUCAAUUGAAUUGGCGGAAGAAAUUCUAUCUCACAAAACCCGUUAUUGCGGCACCCUAAGAUCAAAUCGAAGAGGGCUUCUUAAGGCGAUAGUGUCACUAAAGUUGAAGAAGGGCGAAAUCAAAGGAGCUAUGAAUAAAAAUGGCGUCAAAAUUAUUAAAUGGGUUGACAAAAGGCAACUUCUAAUGAUAUCUACUGUCAAAGAGGACGAAGAUGUGCUUGUCAACACUGGCAAAAAAAAUAAGAAGACGAACGAAAAUAUAAAAAAGCCUACAUGUGUCUUAACGUAUAAUAACAACAAAAAAGGAGUUGACUUCAGCGACCAAAUGUCUUUAUACUAUUCUUCUACAUUAAAAAGAGGGCUUAAAUGGUUCAGAAAAGUGGGUAUGGAAUAUUUGUUUGGCAUGGCGUUAGUAAACGCGUGGAUCACAUACAAUAUGAAAAAUGAUAAGGUUUCAAAAUCAUAAUUUACAGAGGCAUUAAUGCAAUCAUUAACUGGACAAAGUAUAUGCCCUGAUAGUAAGUAUAAUGACGUGUAACAUCACUGUAACCAUAUGUAGAUCAUUGUUGUAGACGAUUCCUACAUUUCCGUGUUUCAACAUCGUCAGACGUUCUACAUCUGCAACAGGUAACCAUUGUCAUUAUUUUGAACAUAUUACCAGUGUUCCGGUGGCUGCGCAUGGCUUUCGUGCAAGAGCUUUGUACUGACUCCGCUGUUUUUCUGCGAGCAAUGUAGGACGUUUUUUGCACUACUGCUUCUAUUAUGGUAUGCUAUGGCACUG